CCAGGCAAAAUAUACCCUGUGUGUUAAAAAGGUGGAUUUUGUGGCAUUCAUUGCCACAGUUCUAAACUGUUACACACACGUUUCAAAUAAAUUAUUGUGGCUGCGGCAGAAACGUUUUGGGGAUUUAAGGAUUUUACAUCUGAAGACUUGCUUGGGGUACUGGCGCCGGAAGACCCGCCCUCCCAGGUUCCCCUUGAGCCUGUGGGGAUCAGAUCUGUUUUUUGUGUGUGUGUUUUUUUUUUUUAAAGAAAAGUUGUUUUGAUUUAGUUUAGUUCAUUUAUUGUGUUGUAGUUUUUGUAUUUCGUUACAUUUCUGGGGAAUCCUGUUUCAAUCCCGCACAGUAGGUGGCAGAAUGCACAUUCAAUUGUGCGAUUGCCAAUCUUCCAUAAAAGAAGAAGAAUCCUACCCCGAUCCCUAAGAAGAAGCUCCUGGUUUUAGUGUUACGUCAGAGGGUUUGUUUUGAUCUGCAGUCAGCUGAGGGACCAUCUGUGGCGCUGGCAAAGUGAAGAGGGUGAUGACAUCUUCGUGCUCUAAAUUAAAUAACUGUCGAAGUGAGAAUUGAAAUGCAUCAGAAGAGCUCAACUUGGCGAACCAGGUCUGAUUGCGACGUGAAUGAAUGAAACUAGCACGAUUGAAGAUAGCUAGCUAAUGUAAUGAUUAACUAAACUAGGCCGAGAGGACGCUAGCUAGCUGGAGAGCUACCGUUCACGUUAGUUAGCUGACAGCACUUGAUGUCGUAGCUAGCUCUUCAGCGAACAUCGGAAUUGAAAAUGCUUGACAGAUAUUGACAUGAUCAAUAUAAUGGACUACACUCCAUCUUGUAAUCCAAGGAUGUGACUGGGGAUGGGAUAAAUAACCAUGGAAACGCCUGAGUUACCUCUUGAGAUCGUCACCUACAUCCUAAGUUUCCUCAAAGCAUCAGACAGGAAGGAAGCCUCUCUGGUGUGCUGGAGCUGGUAUGAUGCAAGCCAAGACCUCCAAUUUCAGAGGAAUGACACCUUCAAGUUCCCAGCCUCUAUCUCCUCCCUGGAUCUGAUCCGGGGCCUGAGUAGGCGUUCCCGCUGCAGCCUGGUCAUAAGCCAUCUGGAUGGGUCCAGUAUGUCCCGGGCUGUGCUUCAGGAGAUAGGGCUCCAUCUAGGCCCUCGGCUGGAGAGCCUGGCCCUGCCAGGAAGCAGCGUGACCGAGUCUUCCCUCCUGGCCCUGCUGCCCCACCUGACUGCCCUGCGCAGGCUUGACCUCCGUGGCCUGGACAGCCUCUUCAUGUCUGGAGCCUUCCUGUCCAAAGAAGAGCACCGCCAGCAGGUGGGGGUAGCUUUAGCAGGUCUUGAGGAGCUGGAUCUCUCUGACCUGCGCUAUCUAUCAGAUCUCACUUUCAACCGACUCACAGGCUGCACUCUCAGACUUCGCCGUCUCUCCCUGGCCGGCUGCCACAUCGCCUUUGAGUUUGACCCGUACCGUGGCUGCCCCGUGGGGCCUGACUCCUCUGCCCUGCUCUCCCUACGUAACCUUCGCAGGCUGCUACAGGAGCAGGCCUCCACCGUGCGGGGGCUGGACCUGAGCAGAACUAGCAUCACCCCAGAGUCGCUGCGCUCCGUGGCCCAGGUAGGGGGCCUGUCUCUAGAGGAGCUGCGUCUGCGGGGCUGCAAGGAGCUGACCGACUACUCUGUGGAGGUGCUCUGCAAGCACCAGCCUGGCCUCCGGAUCCUGGACCUCAGCGCCUGUACAGAGCUCACCAGCCGGGCUGUACUGGCUGUGGCCCUGAGCCUGAAGGGCCUCCGGUUCCUCUCUCUGUCCCGGGACUGGAGGAUGACGGAUAAAGGGCUGGCCGACCUGAUGAUGCUGCCGGAGCUGAGGAACCUGGAUCUGUCUGAGUGCCUGCAUGUCAGUGGGGCUGAGAUAGUGAAAGGGCUCUCUGCUCUGGAGCCCAGGGCACGGUUGGAGACACUCAGCUUCAAGAGCUGCACCUAUAUUAGGGAUCUGGCUGUGUUCUCUCUGGCUCGGCUGCUGGGCUCCAGUUUGCGGGAGCUGGACCUCACCUCCUGCGUCUACCUCACAGACCUGAGCGUGCGUGCUAUCGCCACCUACCUGCCCGGGCUGGUGGUGCUACGACUGGGCUGGUGCAAGGAGAUCACAGACUGGGGGCUGCUGGGCAUGGUGGAGCUCACCAAGGAGUGUGAGCCCAGCAAGGAAAUGGAGGACAAGGGGCCCAGCUUCACCCGUACUUUUGGAAAUAUGGGUUUCUUCCGGCCUCCCAGCAUGCCCUUCCAGGAGAAGCCCCGGCUGGUGACGGACGAGGACCUGGGGGUGUUCAAGGAACAGGACGGGUCCUCACUGCUGGCCCUCAGGAGCCUCCAGGAGCUCGACCUGUCUGCUUGUUCCAAACUCACUGACAGCAGCAUCACACAGGUGCUGCGUUAUCCAGACCUCCAGCGCCUCUCUCUCUCCAUGCUGCCUGAGAUCAGUGAUGACAGCCUGGCGUCGGUGGCCUACCACUGCCGCAGCCUCACCAGCCUGGCACUCAGCCACUGCCCCAAGAUCAGUGACCAGGGUAUUGCCCGCGCCGCCCCCUACCUCGCCAGGCUGCAGCACCUCUAUCUGUCCUGCUGCGACGCAGUCACAGAUAGGUCUCUCUCCAUGCUCGUCCAACACUGUAAGAGAUUGCGGACGCUGGACAUCUCCAUGUGUAAAGACAUCUCCAUAACAACAGUGGACCUCCUCCAAUCCCAGCUGCCCUUCCUAGAGAAUGUCCACUGCCGCUUUGUGGGCGGAGCUGACCUGACCCUCACACUCUGAUAGGGUUCUGACUAGGUGGAAUACAACUACUACUAGAAGGUACUUUUUCGUACCAGGUUAGGAGAAUGAUGUUAAGGUUAGCUAAAAUGUUCUCCUAACCUGCUACGAAAAGUAACUUCUGGUCGGAGCUGUACUCAAUUUAGUCACAAGGACCCAUAUGGCCAGUGUCUUAGACUCAAAUUAAGUCUUUGAUUAAUUAAAAAUCAUUCUCAUUGGAGAAUCGGCAUCUGCAAAUGUCCAUCCCGUGUGGACUAAAAGUCUGUUUAGUCUAGGACCAAGAUGAAUCGGAGUCUGAGAAACCGGCCCUUAAAGUCCUCCCUCGGUGUAUGCCAGGGGUGGGCAACUGUCGGCAUGCAGGCCCACACAAAAAACAAGAACUGUCAGGUGUACUGUUGAACACAGGAGGUUGGUUAGUGGGUUCAACAGGUUCCUUAAUUGGGGAGGAUGGGCUCGUGCUAAUGGAAUGGUAUCUAACACAUGGUUUCCAGGCGUUUGAUGCCAUUCCAUUUGCAGCGUUCCAGCCAUUAUUAUGAGCCGUUCUCCCCUCGGCAGCAUCCACUGCUGUUGAGUUAGAAUAAUAGAAUACACAAGGUGCAAUUUCAAAAUGUGGUUGUGCAUCAGUCACCCAAUUAGUUCAUGUCAGCAUUUUUUAAAAAUUGAAUUGGUUAGUCUAUGGAUGUGGGUACGCAGACCCACGAGCCACUGUGGACCCUCAAAUUAUUUUUAUUUUUUUGGGCCUCCCACCCACAUCGCUGGUGUAAACUGUGCGAUGUAAGGUCACUGUUUAAUCUCGAUGUUUGUUUGAUUAGAAUGUGUCUGGUUUAUGGAGCUGAGGGACCAAAUCAGUAGAUGCUGCACAAACCUUUAACUGGCCUAGAAGAUGUGCUGGGAUUUAAAAAGCACCUUGUAGUUGAUCUCAGAACCAGAUCUCGCCAUGUUGUUCAUUCUUAAAUGGCUACACUGAGAGAAAUAUUGAGAUGUAUUCAUCACCUUUUGUUUAGCUGGCUUAAUGUAAUUUUGUAUUCAACUUCAUUUAACACUGCCACUGAAGGAAGCAAAACUGUCAUGUUUCUUUAAAAAUGUAAGAUAUAGUUUCAAUAAAUGUAUGCUUAUCUCUUGCUUAGAA